AUGAAGAUCAUUAUUCAAAGAGUCCAUCAGGCUAAAGUAUCAGUUGAUAACAAAGUUGUGUCUAAUAUUGGCAACGGGCUUUUAGUUUUACUAGGAAUCACGCAUGAUGACACAAAGGCUGAUUCUGUCUAUCUUGCCCAAAAACUCCUGAAUAUCAGGCUGUGGCCUGAUAUUCAGGAAGUUAAAGGCGUAACACAGAGAAAGCCAUGGAUGAAAUCGGUGAUGCAGAUGAACUAUGAUCUCUUGAUUGUUUCACAAUUUACACUUUAUCAUAAAAUGAAAGGAAAUAGACCUGGAUUUCACAAUGCAAGAGGUCAUGAGGAAGCUAAGGAGAUGUACCAUGAAUUUAUACAGAUGGUCAAGGAUGGGUAUGAGCAGCAUAAAGUUCAAAUGGGUGCGUUUGGGAAAUAUAUGAAUGUAGAGCUCCAGAAUGAUGGCCCUGUGACAAUAGCAAUGGACUCAGUUAAGGAUCCAAAAAUUGUUCAUAAACUUGAAAAAGAGGAAAGGAGGAUGCUAAAAAUGCAACAACAAAAAAGGAAAAACAAUUAA